GUUGCCCCCUCCAAGAUGAUACCCCGAAGAACCCUCACUCUCGCCGCCGUCUGUCCGCGUGCCCGCGCAUCCUACCUUGCUCUCUACAGCAUCGGAAGGUCAUUUCGUCCCUUCUCCUCCUCUCGCCCUAGGCAAUCCUCUUAUAACCGCUCCGACUUCAGCGGCCAGGGCUUCUCCUCGUUCUAUGAGACCGAUCAGCCGACUCGAGGUCCAUUGGGCGGCACAAGCAAUGUGGGGUCAAGUCACGUCACGCCCAAGGUACUGAGGCAGCACUUGGACCAAUUCGUUGUCGAUCAGGACCGCGCGAAGGUCGUCUUGAGUGUUGCGGUCCAUGAGCACUAUUUAAGGAUACAAGAGAUUCAGAGGCAGAAGGAUGAGCAAGCUAGGACUGAGGCUCAGGCGAAGAGGAGAGCGUCGGCGUUUAGACAUCCUGUAGAAGAUGAGUUUCCAGGUCAGCAGCCGACCGUAGAAUUGUAUAAUCACAGCGAGCCGCCAUCGUACAGCGAAGCCCCGUCCUACGGGCCACCAACGUAUGCGUCGAGAGACCCCGACCCGUUGCUAGAUACAACAGAGCACCAGCUGCAAAUAGAAAAGUCCAACGUGCUCAUACUGGGUCCUACAGGCGUUGGUAAGACACUGAUGUGCAAGACUUUGGCAAAGACUUUGGGAAUUCCAAUAUCCAUGUCGGACUGCACGACCUUUACACAAGCCGGUUACAUUGGCGACGAUGUUGAACAGUGCAUCGCUCGUCUCUUCUCGGCCUCCAACUACGACAUAGAAGCUACAGAACAGGGCAUCAUCGUAUUAGAUGAGAUAGACAAGAUUGCCGGGGCGAAGAUCUCCUAUGGGAAGGAUGUCGGUGGAGAAGGCGUGCAGCAAGCCUUGCUCAAGAUCAUCGAGGGCACCACCGUACAGGUGCAGGCAAAGCCUGAGAGGAGUGCAGGUAGGCCAGGGGGUGCUUCAAAUCGUGGAAACCCGCUUGAUGGCUCCCAAAAUUCUACCAUGCCAGGAGGUGGCAAGGGAGAAGUGUUCAACAUUCGAACCGACAACAUCCUCUUUAUCUGUACUGGGGCCUUUUCAAACCUGCACAAGAUCGUCUUAGACCGGAAGUCCAUGGGCAGCAUGGGAUUUGGCGCCUCAAUCCGGACGUCCAACGCACAUGCGGCUGCUGAUGGUGUCAUGAUAACAGGAGCAGAGGCUGCCCUGUUCAAGAAGGACUCACCCUUCUUUGUGCCGCCAGAGGUAGAGACCCCGAAUCCGUUUGGCGUUAGACGGCAGAAAAAAGAGGAGAAGGUGAAUGUACUUGACCAUGUCCAGCCCGCAGACCUCCAGAAGUUCGGCAUGAUCCCCGAGUUAAUCGGUCGAAUACCAACAGUGUGCGCUGUCUCAGCCUUGGACGAGGAAGCGCUGGUUCGUGUUCUUACAGAACCCAAGGACAGCCUCGUGAGACAGGAAGAGCGCAAGUCCUUUCUUAGAAACAUAGAGCUGCGGUUCACGAGCGGUGCUCUACGCGAGAUCGCACGCAAGGCCAGCAAGAUGGGCACAGGCGCUCGCGGAUUGCGACAUGUCGUCGAUCAGCUGCUCCUGCAGGCCAAAUAUGAGACGCCUGGGUCGACCGUCAAGCACAUUCUCGUCACGCAGGACGUCGCCCUUCUCAAGCGCGCACCCCUGUACUUCCACCGCGGACAGUCUGCCGCCUUUCAAGCUACUAUUACCCAGGAAGAGGAGAAGUGGGAGGAAGAGCUCCGCAGCAAAGAAGACCCGAGUACUGGUCCUGUCCACACCUUUGAAGAAUACAGGAAAGCCGGUGCUGCAGGCUUUUAGCCUACAUCGACUGCAGAUGGCGCCACCAAACUUCACACCCACCAUGAAGUACUGCAUAGGUUCGCAGAAGACGAACGUAUAUGCCCCGCUUGCCUGCAAUGCGAGUGCGCGCAGCAUAUCGCAUGUCGGGCGUCCGCGGUAUAGGCAGCCUAGUUUAUAUGCAAGAACGCGGCCUCGGGCCGUUGCAGCUAUCAAACAAGCAUCCCGGCGAUCUAGAAGCGUUCGGGAGUAAAGGUGGUCUUGCACGGCUCGGUUAUUUGGAAGAUUGAAGGAAGGUUUCGAUAGUGGGUUUUGUUGGUCGCACAGCAUGUGAACAUGUGCUGUGGGUCAUCUCCGUUGAAUGUACUAUCCACAAGUAAAGGGCAACGGUCUACCAGCCAGCAGGAUGCUGCAAUAUAAACUGUGCUCCGCUGCAGAACUGAUAGCCUCUAAACAC